AUGGGUGAGGGUGUAGAGUCAGACUUUGAGUUGAGGGUGGAGCUCUACAGCUGUUCCAUGGACGAGACUCCGCCCCUCUCCGCCACACCCAGAAAACUGGCCAAUAAGCUUCGCUCGUCUCUGGGGAAGGCUGCAGGAAGGAAACUCCGCCCCCUGCUGGACUCUGGAGAGCACGACGACUUCCUACAGACACACCCCCUACCACAGGGCGUGUCCUUUUCUUUGUUGGCUGUUACCUCAUUGGGCCUGCAGCAGGCUGGGAGGAGCUUCUUGUCUCAUCCACUCAAGAUCACCCAGACCGCAGAGUCGUCGUCAUGGUUACCGCUGUAUGGGAACGUGUGCUGUCGUCUGCUCGCCCAGCCGGACUGCAUGAGACUGCCAACACACAGUGGGCCUCUCCGCCAGCAGGUGUGUGUCGAAGGAGUGUUUCGAUCCUGCAGUCUGCACUGUGAGCUGCAGGGGGAGACGUUGAGCUGCUGGUUGAGUCCUGAGGAGGUUUUCCUCACGGUGCCCGUCACUAUGGACACGCGUGUGAGAGUGCUAAGGGAUCAGCACGGCUCUGGCUCCGCCCCCUACACCAUGACCAUCAGCACUCCUGGCUCCGCCCCCAGCACUCAUGUGUUCCAAGGCCACGCCCCCGAGCUGCAUGACUGGGCUGCUGCUCUCUCCCAACACACACACAACCUGCGUUCCUGGAAGCACUGCUGUGAGGAGCUCAUGCAGAUUGAGGUUUUGUCUCCACGGAAACCACCCCUCUUCCACUCCAAACAGCCAGAAACUGUUUACAGCGAAAUGUGCAUUAUCUCUCCGGGCAAGUUUGAGAGUGUGACUGACAUCAUCCACAACAAGAUUGAGGAGACUGGAGGCCGCUUUCUGAUUGGCCAGGGGGAACAGGCGGAGCCUCCUAAUUGGUCUGCCCUGUUUGAGGGGUCCCGCCCCCUGGUGGUGCAGAAGGUGGUGAUGUCACCGGGGAAGGAGCCCUGCCACUCCAGCUUCAGCCCGGUUGCUCACGGCAACAAGAAACGCAAAGCCCCGCCUCCCCCUCCCGACAAACUUCCAUACACCACGCCCACUCCGACCAUGACCACGCCCACUCCGACCAUGGCAUCCAGUCCAGAGAAGGAGAAUGUUUUUAAAACCACAUCGUCCAAUCUGGAAAAGGGGCGUGUCUUGAAGGCACCGCCUCGGUCGGGACGGCCCUCUCUGGACAAUGCUCACACCGAAGAUGUUUAG